AUGCGGACCUCAUUAUCUACUACUGUCUGUCUCGGCCUCCUUCUCCCUGCCGCUCCGACCCUUUGCAACCCUCUCGACGCUGUUAACUCGAACGCUGAAUCCAUCCGCCAUGACUCCGCUCAACUCCAACCCUUGAAACCCCUCAACACCGCCCAUCCUCUCGCAGUACGCUCGCCCGACUGGGGAUGCGCUGAGGACAACAAGCGAUGCGGUAUAAUGUGUAUUCCAAAGGACCAAGAAUGCAAACCCGAGGACAAUGACGGGUGUGCCAAAGACAACAAGCGAUGCGGUUUGAACUGUAUUCCCAAUGAUCAAGAAUGCAACCCCGAUGACAAUGACUGGUGCUCCAAGGAUAAUAAGCGAUGCGGUUUCUCAUGUAUUGACAAGGACCAGGAAUGCAAUAGUGAAAAUGCCGGCUGGUUUUGGGAUUGGCGGAGGAGCCUCGAGCAUAAUCCCCUUGCUCUUGCAGCUCGCUCGCCUGAUUGGGGAUGUGCUGAGGACAACAAACGAUGUGGCAUCAUGUGUAUUCCGAAGAGUGAGGAAUGCAACGGUGAGACUGGUGGUUGGGAUUGGUGGAAGAGGAGUCUUGAGGCUAGGUCAAAUGCUGUCGCAGUGCGCUCGCCUGACUGGGGAUGUGCUGAGGAUAACAAAAGGUGCGGCAUUAUGUGUAUUCCAAGGAGCGAGGAGUGCAAUGGCGAAACUGGUGGCUGGGAUUGGUGGAAGAGGAGCCUUGAGGAUAAUUCCCAUGCUCUUGCAGUGCGCUCGCCUGAUUGGGGAUGUGCGGACGAUAACAAGCGAUGUGGAAUCAUGUGUAUUCCUAAGACGGAGGAGUGCAACCCCAACUAUGGAUGCUCUGACAAUAACAAGCGAUGUGGUAUCAUGUGUAUUGACAAGGACCAAGAAUGCAACAGUGAAACCGGCGGCUGGGACUGGUGGAAGAGGAGCCUUGAGGUUAAGUCCCCUGCUCUCGCAGCGCGCUCACCUGACGGUUUUGGAUGCGCCGAUGACAAUAAGAGAUGUGGUUGGAUGUGCAUCUCCAAGGAUGAGCAAUGCUGUGGCAACCAAGGCAGCUGCAGCGCGAAUGAAGAGUGUCACAAAAACGAUGAUGGCGGGUACGGCUGCUGUGCCAAGGGUGAGACUUGCACAAACACUAAUGGCACCUGGCUCAAUGGAGUCAGGGAAGUUGGCAAUGAUAUCAAAGAUGGUGUGAAGAGUGUCGUCAAUGGUGGAGCUGCUGACUUGAGGCCCGGCAUGGUUGCUGUCGGGACGAUGGCCUCUCUGUUUGUUGUUGCCAUGAUGCUUUAG